AUGUUGCUGUCGCCGCGGCUGCCCAAGCACCGGCGGUCGACGUCCAAGGCGGUCGAGAAGCAGUUGCUCGCGACCGACGGCCAUGUCGGCGACGACUUUACCAACUGGAACUUCAACGUCUUUGAGCUCUCGACGCCGCCGUCCCAGCUCGCGUUCGUCCAACGGCUCUCGGCGUUCUUCGAGCUCCACGAGGUCUUUAACCUCUCGCUCGAGGCCAUCGGCGCCUUCUACGCGGACGUGCAGCAAGGCUACGUCGAGCGCACGACGCAGCCGAUCGUGAGCCGCCGGUACCACACGUUUCUCCACGCCGUCGACGUCAUGCAGACCGUCGCCGUCUUCUUGCGCGGCUUCCACGGCCACGCGUACCUCUCGCCGCGCACCGCGUCGGCGCUGCUGAUUGCGUCGCUCUGCCACGACAUUGGCCACGUCGGCCUCACCAACCAGUUCCUCGUCAACGCCGGGCACCCGCUCACGCUCACGUACCGCAACCCAGUGCUCGAAAGCAUGCACACGGCGCGCACGAUGGCUCUCGUCAAGCAACACGGCUUCCUUGCGACGCUCGAGACGCAGGAGUCGCUGCGGAUUGCCAAGACGAUCGCACGCUGCAUCAUGUACACGGACGUGAGCAUCCAUAGCGAGCUGCUGCGCAAGAUGCGCGCGCUGCCGCGCGGGUCGUCGGCGCUGCUGGAAGAAGACGCGUACGUCUACUGCGGGUACCUUCUCCACACGGCCGACAUUUGCAACCCGGCCAAGGAGUGGACGCUCGCCGAGCACUGGACCGACCUCAUCAUGAGCGAGUUCUUUGAGCAAGGCGCGCUCGAGAAGCGCGAGGGCCUCGUCGUCUCGACCUUCCGGAACGCCGACCAGAUCAACACGUCCGAGAUCCAAGCCAACUUUGUGCGGCUCAUGCUGCAGCCGACGCUGUCGCUUCUCGCCGAGUUCCUUCCGGCCGCGAGCUUUCUCCAAGACAUUGCCGAGGCGAAUCGUCGGCAGUGGGAGGCCGAGAGCCGGCGCGCGCUCACGGCGCCGCAGAUCGAGCUCAUCCGCGCGCUUUCGCGGCCGCUCGAGCUCAAGCAUCUGAGCCGACGCGAGCGCAUCAUGGAGCGCCUCACACGCUUCAGCGAGCACAACGCCGUUGUCGUCGGUCUCUUCCUCGCGUCGAUCUACGCGACCUUCUCGGACAACGUGCGCAUUGCCAGCACGAGCGUGCACAGCGAUGUGGCCUACGGCGUCUGCACCGUCCUCGUGCUUACGGUGAUGCUCUUUGACGUGCUCUUGACGUCGAUUGUGCUACCCUCAUACCGCUGGAGCUUUUACUUUUGGCUCGACCUCGUCUCGUCCGUGACGCUCCUCACCGAAGUCCCGUUCAUUAGCUUCCACGGCCAAGUCGGCAACCUCUCGCUCUCGGGCGGCGCGAGGAUCGCCAAGGUGGCGGGCUUCCGCCUGGCGCGCAUGCUGCGGAUGCUGCGCAUGGCCACGCUCUUCAAGAUGUUCAAGCAAAUCAUGGUCAAGCGCUCGUACCGCCCGCGCCGCCUCUCGCUUGUCAAGCAGACGCGCACGUCGACGGCCGCCGUGUCACCGCCGCCGCCGAGCGACGGGCCGCGCGCGACGUUUUCGGCCGAGGACCUCAAGCGCAUCUUUGCUUCGCCCGACGGACGCCCGGUGGUCUACACGAUGGAGCACAUUGAACUAUUGCUUCGGGGCGCGUACCGCGGGUACCCGCCGCCGGACGACGCUCGCCACAACUUUUGCGCGCGCGUCGCGUCGAGCACCAACACGGCGCCGAUGCGCACCUUUGCGUUGUCGGCAGCCAAGUUUCAGAGGACCUUGCUGGCGAUGGAGGACGCGUACGAACAAGACAUGACCAGCAAGAACCAGAUCAGCCAGCUCAACUUUUACGCGAGUCGCCUCGGCGAGAAAGUCGCCGACUCGACGAUCCGCCACGUCAUUUUCCUCCUCCUCGCCGUGCUCAUCAUUCUCACCGAGUGCUACACCCCCCGCGAUGUCUCGCCCAUCACGUAUGGCCUCACCAAGCUCCACAUGUGGGCCGAAGGGCCGCCCAAUAGUCUCUUUGGCCGGGAACUCGCUGCGUACAUCAACGCGACGCAGCCCGUCUACUUGCACAUUGCGCGUGCCAACGCAUCGGUCGUCCACGCGGCCAUGCAAACGUACGCCCACGUGCCGUGGCCCGUUGACGCCGUCCUCUUCAACGGGUCGGCGAUCUAUGCGCCGCCCGUCGUCGCCAACUACCGCGUCGAGUACCUCAACGUUGUCGCUGUGCCGUCCAACUGCACGUGGCCGCGUCUCGACAUGCCGUGCCAGAGCAUCGCGAUCUUUGACGGCGGGCCCGCUGCCAAGUCCGAGGCGAUCUGGGAGAUUGUUCGCACGCUCUUCAUCAUCUCGUGCUUUGCAAGUGGUGGCAUGCUUCUCACGCUCGACGUGUACAAGCGCGUCAUCUUGCCGGUCGAGCGCAUGGUGAGGUUGACGCAGCAGUUGGCGCUCAACCCGACCAAGUCGGUCUCGCCCGUCGACGAGGAAAAGCCCAUGUACGAGAUGAAGCUGCUCCAGAACACGCUCACAAAGGUCGCGCGGCUGCUGCAGAUCGGGUACGGCUCGGCGGGCUCGGCCAUCAUCUCGAAAAACAUGAUGGGCGCCGAGUUCAACCCGAUCAUCGCGGGCAAGAAGGUGCAUGCGGUCUUUGGCUUUUGCGACAUUCGGCGCUUCACCGACAUCACCGAGUGUCUCCAGGAGCAAGUCAUGAUGUUCACCAACACGAUCGGACACAUUGUCCAUCACGCCGCCUACACCUUCGACGGCCACGCCAACAAGAACGUCGGCGACGCCUUCCUCCUCGUGUGGAAGAUCCCCGAAGACUCCCCGGACGUCGCCGUCAUCAACCAAGCGCGGCCACCGGCGCACCUCACGACGACCUCAGGCGCCGAACUCGACUUUUUAUUCUUUGACGAAGAAGGGUCCAAGAAGAUGGCGCAGUCCAAGGUCUACGUCGCGACGGCAGCGGACAAUGCGCUCAUGGCGUUUCUCAAAACCAUGGUGGACAUUGACAUUUCGCCCAAACUCAAAGCGUACCAGACCAACAAGCUGCUCCAAACGCGGUUUGAGUCGCCCUUUCAGGUCAAGAUGGGCUACGGUCUCCACGUUGGCUGGGCCAUUGACGGUCAGCGCAUCAGCAGCCAUUACAAGAUCGACGCGUCGUACCUCUCAUCGGACGUCAACAUGGCGUCGACGCUCGAGUCGACGACGAAGCUCUACCACAUCCCGCUCAUCAUGUCGCACUCGUUCUACAACCUGCUGUCGCCGCAACUGCAGCAGUUCUGCCGCUGCAUCGACUGCGUCCUCUUUGACGGCUGCGCCAAACCCAUCGCGCUCUACACGUGCGACUACGUCAACGCUAACGUCCGCCACGUGCGCGGCGUCGCCGACGUGCCGCUGCUGCAAAUGGGCCUCCUCAACGGCUUCACGUCGACGUUCGAGAAGGGCGUGAGCGAAUACCUCCGCGGCGCGUGGCGUGAGGCACACGACACGUUGGACUUUCUCCUCGCGAACCUCAAGCCCCACGACGGACCUGCCGAAGCGCUCAUGGAGUACAUGGGCAAACACGACUUUGUGGCACCGCCCGACUGGCCCGGCUACCGCAAGCUCUAA